GAGAGCGUUAGUACUGAGGGCAGCACCAGCUGUGUCAAGUCUAGCACCAGCUGUGACGAGUCCAGCAGCAGCUUUGUCGAGUCCAACACCAGCUGUGAUGUGUCUAGCAUCAGCUGUGUCAAGUCCAGCAGCAGCUUUGUCGAGUCCAGCACCAGCUUUGUCAAGUCUAGCACCAGCUGUGACGAGUCCAGCAGCAACUGUGACAAGUCCAGCACCAGCUGUGACAAGUCCAGCACCAGUUGUGACAAGUCCAGCACCAGCUGUGACCAGCCCAGCAACAGCUGUGACCAGCCCAGCACCAGCUGUGACCAGCUCAGCACCAACUCUGACGAGUCCAAUAGCAGCUGUGACGAGUCCAGCACCAGCUGUGACGAGUCCAGCACCAGCUGUGACGAGUCCAGCACCAGCUGUGACGAGUCCAGCACCAGCUGUGACCAGCCCAGCACCAGCUGUGACCAGCCCAGCACCAGCCGUGACCAGCCCAGCACCAGCUGUGACCAGCCCAGCACCAGCCGUGACCAGUCCAGCACCAGCCGUGACCAGACCAGCACCAGCCGUGACCAGACCAGCACCAGCCGUGACCAGACCAGCACCAGCCGUGACCAGCCCAGCACCAGCCGUGACCAGUCCAGCACCAGCUGUGACCAGCUCAGCACCGACUAUGACUCGCCGACAAAGCGAGUCAGACUGGUAGCUCAGCAGGAAAAGUCUACUCCCUCAGAGGAGGUAGACCAAGUGAAGACUAAGGGCGCAGUUGGGCGGGCUCUCUCCAAGGCUAAGAGAGUGUUAAAGACCGUGAACAAACUUUACAGAGAAGAGAAAAAAGCCCAGGCUAAGGAAGCACGGAGACUGGAAAUAGAGAAGGAAAAAGCCAAGGAAGCACGCAGACUGGAAAAAGAAAAGGAAAAAGCCCAGAUGAAGGAGGAGCGAAGCAAUCAAGCUGAGGGCCCCAGCAACCAAGCUGAGGGCCGCAGCAACCAUGCUGACGGCCCCAGCAACCAUGCUGAGGGCCCCAGCAACCAAGCUGACGGCCCCAGCAACCAUGCUGAGGGCCCCAGCAACCAAGCUGAGGGCCGCAGCAACCAUGCUGACGGCCCCAGCAACCAUGCUGACGGCCCCAGCAAUCAAGCUGACGGCCCCAGCAACCAUGCUGAGGGCCCCAGCAAUCAAGCUGAGGGCCCCAGCAACCAAGCUGACGGCCCCAGCAACCAUGCUGAGGGCCCCAGCAACCAUGCUGAGGGCCCCAGCAACCAAGCUGACGGCCCCAGCAACCAUGCUGAGGGCCCCAGCAACCAAGCUGAGGGCCCCCAACUCUCAGGUUGA